CCGAGGCUGGGGGUGAGUCGGCGCCGCCGCUUCCACCGCCGCCGCUGCCGCCGCCGCCGCCGCCCAGGUGACCGAGGAGAGAGGCGCCUCCUCGCUCCCGCCGCGCCGGACGUCAAUGCCCAGCUCCCAGCUCGCCAGCGUUUUUCGUUGGAAUAUACGUUGCACAUUUAUGGCGAUUCUGAGCGUGAGGGCAGACUUCUGCCAGGCUCAGCACAGCGUUUUCGCUGACAAGUGAGCUUGGGGGUCCUAUGUGCCAUAGUUAAACAUUGCCUUGAAGACUCUGGACACGGAGACUGGCCUCAGAAUCAGUUGGCUUUUUUUUUUUUUUUAAUUGCAAGCAUAUUUCUUUUAAUGACUCCAGUAAAAUUAAGCAUCAAGUAAAUAAAAGUGGAAAGCGACCUACACUUUUAACUUGCCUCACUAGUGCCUAAAUGUAGUAAAGGCUGCGUAAGUUUUGUAUGUAGUAGGAAUUUUUUUGGAGUCCGAAGGUAUUCAUCUGCAGACAUUGAGGCCCAAGUUGAAUUUGGAUUCAAGUGGAUUCUGAAUACAUUUGCUUAUAUUGAAGAGUGAAACUUCUUAUGGAAUAAGCAAGUUGAAUAGAGAAAACACUGAUUGAUAAUAGGCAUUUUAGUGGUCUUUUUAAUGUUUUCUGCUGUGAAACAUUUCAAGAUUUAUUAAUUUUUAUUUUUCAUUUUCCCCAUCACACUCACACACGCACGCUCACACUUUAUUUGCCAUAAUGAACCGUCCAGCCCCUGUGGAGAUCUCUUAUGAGAACAUGCGUUUUCUGAUAACUCACAACCCUACCAAUGCUACCCUCAACAAGUUCACAGAGGAACUUAAGAAGUAUGGUGUGACAACUUUGGUUCGAGUUUGUGAUGCUACAUAUGAUAAAGCGCCAGUGGAAAAAGAAGGAAUCCAUGUUCUAGAUUGGCCUUUUGAUGAUGGAGCACCACCCCCUAAUCAGAUAGUUGAUGAUUGGCUAAACUUACUAAAAACCAAAUUUCGCGAAGAGCCUGGUUGCUGUGUUGCAGUGCAUUGUGUUGCAGGAUUGGGAAGGGCACCUGUGCUGGUUGCACUUGCUUUAAUUGAAUGUGGAAUGAAGUAUGAAGAUGCAGUUCAGUUUAUAAGACAAAAAAGAAGGGGAGCAUUCAAUUCCAAACAGCUGCUUUACCUGGAGAAAUACCGGCCUAAGAUGCGAUUGCGCUUCAGAGAUACCAAUGGGCAUUGCUGUGUUCAGUAGAAAGAAUCUAAACGAAGGCUGAUUUGAUUGUGGCAUUUAGAGGGAACUCUCGGUACCUGGAAAUGUGAAUCUGGAAUCUUAACUGUGUCAUCUAAAUAGUGAUGGAUUCAGUACUCCUCAACCACUUCUCUGAUGAUUGGAUAAAAAGCAAACCAAACAAAGAAAUUCCCUCAAUAACAUGAAUAAAAUGUUUAAGAAAAGAAAAAGAGAAAGAAAAAAAAAGG